CUCUUCCGCCAUGUUGUAAAUUUAAAUGGAAUGCCUAAAACCGAUCUGCGCUCGAUCGAAAUGCUAGUAUUUUAGAUGCAUAGUAACGACAGUUGAAAUGUCUUACGUAGAAUAUAAUCACCUUCUUUUUGAGAUAAGCCAACGACUCGAUCAACUGAACCAACAUGAACACUUACUCUUGAUGUGUAGAGGGCUUGUGGCGUCAAGACCUGAAGACAUCCCUAAUGCACUUUCGCUCUUUCGAGAGCUAGAGGAUCAAAAUAAUUUGGCCAUUGAUCAAGUUGAGCUAUGGAAAGAGCUGCUAAAAGCGGUUGGAGAAUGGUCGUUGUUUCAGAAAGUGAGAAAGUUCGAGGACAAAAGGAAAGAAUACAAAGAAUUGCUUGAACAGAUCAGCCGUGCCCUCGACGAAAGCAAUCAAUUGCAGCAACUGGUUGCUGUCUGCACCGAGAGGGAAACGUUGGAGGAAAAUGAAAGAAACACUCAAACUGCUCGAAUUUUGUUCGAAAAACUUGAACGCCGAGGACUUUUUGCGUUUAAUCGUCUUGAUUUCUUGAAAGGGAUUUUAUCGGGAAUUGAGAGGCAAGAUCUGGUGGAGAAAGUUCAGGAUUUCGAGAAGCGACGAAUUGAUGAGGAUGAAUUUGAAAGAAGGAAAGCCCAAGCCGGUAGCAUUGUUGCAGCAGCCAGGGUUGUUGGUGGAAGAGUAAUCGGAGUACUGAACAUGAAGACAGUGUGUGGAGUGGCAGCAGCGGGAAUAACCUUACUCUCUGUCCGUGAGAUUUUGACUCGCUGGUCAACUUAUGAUCAGUUAGUCACCAGCUUCCAGGAUUGUGUGCUUCCUGCUGGUUCAAGAUUGAUUGAAGUGGGUCAAGGGUGCGUAUGCUUUACAAUUCAGGUCGACAAUCUCAUGGGGCUCACUGCUUUGUGGAACAUGUACGAGGAUGGCACGCUCAGGGAACAUUUAUUCGACUUUUUUGUGACUGAUGAAAUGAAGACCCGUGCCGGUGGUGAAGAGAAUGUGGAAUUAACUGUGACGAUUGAAAAAGAAGAAUAUGAGAAAGCUUACUUUGAGCUUGUUCAAGAAGCUGACGGUAACCAGAAGCGACCUCAGGAACGAGGUGUUCGUAGGCACUCCGACUCAGUGUUAUCUCUCCCACCCAGAACAGAUGAAAAUUCUCUGAUAACACUAACACAAGUUAAGAACCAAGUCAAGUCUCUGGAGGAAAGAAUGGAAGCUGUAGAGACUCAAAUGGUUCCAUUUGAGAAAGCUCAUCAUUAUGUCAACUUCCAAGACAAAUUCCGUUACAUCACGACAUAUGUGGACGACCUGCAGAAUGAAACACAAAGUAUGACAUCAGAUGGUAUUGACAGCGGACUGCCAACCUGUGGCACACCAAGUGAAAUUGACCUAGAAAGCAUUGAUGGAAGUGAAAUCACUUCAACUGAGCUAGAGAAGUGGAAGUUACUGUUAUCAGCUAUAAAGACCGGUCAUGUCACCACUAUCGAAAGAAUACUCUCCCAAGGUUUCGAUAUCGACUCAAAAUACAGUCCAGAUGGUGAGACGCUGCUAAUGAUCGCUGCUCGUAUUGAUAACUUGGUCAUUGUCCGUUACCUUCUCGAUAGGGGAGCUGAUCCAAAUUCGAAUGAUUGGUUUGACAGAAAUUCGCUUCACUUAGCCUCGCAGAGUGGUAAUGUGGCCAUUAUCGAGACAUUACUGUCAUAUGGUCUUGAUAUCGAUUCAAAAGAUCAUUCUGGUGACACACCAUUAAUAUUUGCAGCGGCAUCUGGCAAAAGUAAAGCUGUGGAUUAUCUUUUGGACGAAGGAGCCGAUCUCUUUGCGAAAGGGAAGCUUGGUAGGAGUUGUCUACACGCAGCUUCACAGAGUGGUAGUGUUGCCACCAUCGAGACAAUGCUGUCACGUGGUCUAGAUAUAGAUUCAAGAGAUCGAAAUGAUGACACGCCAUUGAUAAUUGCUGCAGUUUGUGGCAAGAGUGAGGCAUUUUAUCAUCUUUUGAAUAAGGGGGCAGAUCCUUGGGUGAGGGGCAAUUUUGGAAGGAACUUAUUGCACGCUGCUUCAGCUGGCGGUAAUGUCGCCAUCAUAAAGACAGUGUUUUCUUGUUAUCUUUACGAAGACAUCAAUUCCAAAGAUGGCGAUGGCAACACAGCAUUGAUAAUUGCUGCUCUAAGUGGCAAGAGUGAAGCCUUUCAUUAUCUUUUGGAAAAGGAAGCAGAUCCAUAUGUGACAGGCUGGCUUGGAUGGGACUCACGACACGCAGCCUUGCAGGGCGGUAAUGACGCUAUUAUCAAGACAGUCAUGUCUCUACCUAUAGACGGUGCCGGUACAACAACGUCAACUGCCCCUAAAAUUGAAGCUUCCACUUUGUCUCUGGGUGCAACUGCAGCUGAUGCUUCGUCAACAAAAACUGUUGGUGGCACCACCCCAUCUUCAGCUGCUGUUACAAGCAGUACUGCAGCAGUGGACAGAGAACUUGAAGAUAUGACUAAAAAGCUAGGUUCUUUUCUGGGGAGUGGAGAACACACUCCUCGUCAGACUCAAGCAAACAGUGGAAUGCAUCCUCCUCUGAGACCAGGCUAUGGCACAAAGGGUCGCCCUAUAGCAUUAAGGGCAAACUUCUUCCGCCUCAAUGUCUCACCGCAGCUUUCAGACCUGUACCACUACGAUGUUGAAAUAACUCCAGAAAGAUGUCCUAAAAGUGUUAAGAGAGUUGUUGUUAAUGAAAUCAUAAAGACGUACAAACAGACAAUAUUUCAAGGCCAUCAUCCAGCUUUUGAUGGUGAAAAGAAUUUGUACAGCAGGAUAAGGCUACCUGCUCCUGCUGAACUUAGUCUUAAACUACCAGGUAAAGAUGGAGGAACAGACAGGGUUUUCAAGGUUAAAAUUCAGUUUGCUGCAGGAGUAAGUCUUUUGGAACUUAACAACUUUUUGAGUGGAGAACAAAAUGGCAAAAUACCUCAGGAUGCAGUACAGGCAUUGGACAUUGUGGUGCGACAGAUGCCAUCAAUGUAUUACACCCCUGUUGGAAGAUCAUUCUUUACAUUUGAUGGUCAAGCAAGACCCCUGGGAGAGGGGUGUGAGGUGAAAUUUGGUUUUUAUUCAAGUAUUCGCCAUUCUGAGUGGAAGGCUAUGCUGGUAAACAUUGAUGUCUCUGCAAAAGGAUUUUACAAAGAGCAAGCUGUUGUUCCUGAUUUCCUGUGUGAAGCACUUGAUGUGAAACCCCAUAAUCUUGAAGACUACAGAUUUGAACCUGACAGACGAAGACUUGAGAAAGCCAUACUCGGAAUUCGUAUACAAACCACUCAUGCUGGCUCUUUAAAGUGGAAGUACACAGUUUGGGGCGUGUCGGAAAAAUCUGCCAACAGGAAACAGUUUGAUGUAACAGAUGAGGGAACAGGUCGCACUUACAAAACAACUGUUGCAGAUUAUUUCAAAGAUAGAUACCGGUUAAUUUUGAGGUAUCCUCACCUACCGUGCUUACAAGUUGGACAGAAAAAGGACAGGUAUCUCCCAAUGGAGGUCUGUACCAUUAUUCCUUGUCUAAGAAAACUUUUAUCGGAACAACAGAUUGCAAAUAUGAUCAGAAGUACUGCUCGCCCUGCGCCUGAGCGACAGCGUGACAUUCAACACUGGGUAUGUUUAUUCACCCUUGAAAUCUCUAUUUCGUGUAUUGAAAUAUACUUGUGUAUACAGGUAUUGGGUAUUGGGUAUGCACUAGUUAUAGUGUACUAUUAAUUAAAUAAGGAUCAGAGUUGGUGCAGGGUUCUCGGAAAAUGAAAGUGCCGAGUCCACUGAACUGACUUCGUAUUUUAAAACUUUUGAUUGAGGAAAUCACGUUUUAUCUAUAUGGUCUACUACUCGCUGAAAGAAAAUUCUCAUUAGUAGAUACGCUCUGCAAACUUGGCCUAAAGGAUAGCGCAUUUCCUCUCAAGCGGAGGGGCUCGAAAUCGAUCCCGGAUGAACAAUUUUUAAAUUUCUUCCGUUUUCCUUUUUUACUA